UUAUAGCGAUCCCCGACUUUUCUGCCGGUGCGAUGGAGAACUGGGGUUUGAUUACAUUCAGAGAGACGGCUAUGUUAUACCACGAGGACGAGUCCACUUCGGCUAAUAAGAUGGCAACCAUUGCGGUGAUCGCUCAUGAGAUUACACACAUGUGGUUUGGAAAUCUGGUCACUUGCAAGUGGUGGUCAGACCUAUGGCUGAAUGAGGCGUUUGCAUCAUAUCUAGAAUACGCAGCCGUUGAAUCAGUUGAGACCACUUGGAAUUACUUUGACUUAUUCUUAAUGACUGAUACGCUGUCAGCGCUGACCGCCGAUUCUUCGGCCACUUCUCACUCCAUUGUAAGACCGGUGAGAGAGCCUGAAGAGAGAGCCUAUACCAGUGCUAUCGUCUAUAAUAAGGGUGCAUCUGUACUACGAAUGCUUGAGUUCGUGAUGGGAACGACAUCUUUCCAGAAGGCACUCACAGCAUACAUAAAAGCUAAUGAAUACAAUGUUGUGGAAACAGUACAACUCUGGGAUGAACUCGAAAAAGAGAAUACUCAUACCCAAUUGGAGUUCAUAACCAAAAAAGAGGAGACAAUUACCGUGGAAACUGAUGCCAGUCUUAACGGUCUCUUAAAGAUCAACACCAAUAGUGAGGGCUUUUAUUUAGUGAACUAUCCGGAGGAGGAUUGGGGGAAAUGGAUCGACGCGCUGGUCAACGACCAGAACAGUAUACUGUCGGACCUGACGGUCAGCGACCGCACGAACUUCAUAAUCGACUCGUUCUACCUCUCGAGGGCUGGACUCCUGUCAUAUGAGACACCGUUAGCUCUGUCUGAGUAUCUCAAGAGAGAGAAACAUUUGACGCCAUGG